AUGGCCAACCGAACGCUGCGCGGAUCGCUCAACGUGCACGGCACCAAUCCGCAGUUUCUCGUCGAAAAGACGAUCCGCUCCCGCAUCUACGACUCGCGCUUCUGGAAGGAGCACUGCUUCGCCCUCACCGCCGAGUCCAUCAUCGACCGCGCCGUCGAUCUUGAGUACGUCGGCGGGACCUACGGUCUUCAACGGCCCAGCCCCUUCCUCUGCCUGCUGCAGAAGCUCCUACAGCUCCAGCCGGAGCGCGAGAUUAUCCUCGAAUACCUCAAUGCGGCCGAAUUCAAAUACCUGAGGGCCCUGGCGGCCAUGUAUGUCCGCCUCACGUUCCGAGCGGUCGAGGUGUACGAGCUCCUCGAGCCGCUCCUGGACGACUACCGCAAGUUGCGGUGGCGCGACAUGACCGGCACCUACAGCCUGACGUACAUGGACGUCUUUGUCGACCAGCUGCUGACGCAGGAGCGCGUCUGCGACAUCAUCCUGCCACGGCUGACGCGGCGCGACGUGCUCGAGGAGAUCGAAGGCCUGGCACCGCGCACCUCGAAGCUCGAAGACGUGCUGCUCCACGGCAAGGCCGCGCUCUCCAACGGCGCCGGCGGCGUCGACGGCCGAGACGAUGCCGAUGGCAGCGGGGCCGAGAGCGACGACUCGGCCGCCGAGACGAGGAGGGAGCGCCGGCUGCGGGCCCAGCGCGCUGCGCGGAUACGGGAGCUGCGGCUGCAGCAGGAGCGCGACGGCGGAGGCGAGGGGGCGCUCGAAGAGGGCGAGGAGAUCGAGUACGCAUCGCAGGAGCUCAGCGACGACGAAGAGGCAGGAGCGGCGAGGGAGAGGUACGUCAGCAGGAGCCCGAGCAGGAGCGUCAGCCCGGACCGCGUCCAGCGGCGGGGGUCGCACGAUGCACCAGCAAGAUACAUCAGCAGGAGCCCGUCGAGGUCAAGAUCGAGGUCACGCUCGAGAUCGCCGCCUGGGGUGUCAGGGCAGGACGGCGGCGAAAUCGAAGCGGCAGGAGGAUGGGUGUCGCGACCGCCAUCGAGGUCCCCUUCCCGCUCCCCGGAUCGUCAGCGCCCACCCGAGGCAGACGACGGCGGCUACGUGUCCCGGUCGCCGUCCCGAUCGCCAGACAGGGAAUGA